ACUUGCAGUGAAAUCCUGCAGCCGCCUAUGCAUGAUUGUACAUGUCAUCUAUGUGUACAUGUUAAUGUGGUUUUUGUUCCAGAGGUUGUUUCUCUUGAUUCUUUGUUGCCGUCUUGUUUCAUUGAGCUUCAUAAGCAACAGUUGACGUUAACUCCAUGGGAGCAGAUACUUAAAUCAGCUCAAAAUGUGCUCUUCAAUGAAGAACUGUUUGCACAGUUAGCAAAGGAAGCUUUUGAUCAGCGGUCUAGCCUUCAAGGUGAAGUGCUCACUGAUAGAAUCAAUAUACCAUUGACUACUGAGGUUUGGCUCUCUGUUUUAUUAGUGAGGGAAUAUGAUAGAGACAAGAAGAAUGAUAAGGUGGUAAUA